GUCAAGCUUAGAAAGUGCAGCUGUUGCCUACCACUUGUGGCGCUUCGCCGCCGCGGCGCCGUCCCCCGCCCCUAAUAAACGCUGGCCUCAACCUGCGCGCUGGCGCGACGGCGCCGCUAUUGGGACAGCACAGCGCCCUCCUCUUUCUGGACUUGCCUAAUUACCUUCUCCCUUGGCUCCGUCCGCGUUAGCAUGCUGCCUGCACAGAGCAGCACUGCAGCUGUCGGACCCGCCCUGCUUGGCCGCCGCCGCUGCCGUGGCCUGGGCACUUGGCCCACCUUCCACCACACGAAAAUUAGAUCCGACUAUCUGUGACUGUCCAGAAAUCAGCAGCUCUCGACUAGUCGACUUGCUAAUGAUUGAUGCGUGAUUGCUGAAGGACGUCCGAGCGGAUUGGGGUUCGUUGAUGGUCUAGUUCGACUCUCGAGGUAGCGGGCACGUGCACACAAGGCGUCCAUAACAUACAUUAUAGAGCAGGACGUAUACUAUAUGCUAUCGACGAGACGGCCACAUGCACCGUUACUCCGCUGCAGAAGUGCUUGAACACUGAAAUGCUAACCCAAUGCGAGUGACACUCGGCUCGCUCGGCUAGCUCUAUCAUAUCUGCAUGAAUCAGCGGCAUAACUCAAUUGCAACAGGUACCAAGCCCGGCUCGGCAAGCCGAAGGAGUCAGCCGGCAUCGUUUAUAAAGCCCCUGUCACCAGCGCCUCAUGUUAGGUGGCUGAGUACUUUGUAUGCUGGGGCAUGACGUCGGCUCAGUGGGCCACUAGCACGCACUGUGCCCGUUAAGGCCAAUCAAGCGCUUCGUCAAGUCUAUGCAUGCUCGCCAUACACGUUGCAGGACGCACCAUGCACUCGCUGGCACAUGCCGUGCCGUGUGGCAGCAGCAGGCUGGAUCGCGGAGAGACCCCCGCCGAUACCGAACUGCCUGCUAAUGGGCCGGACCGCCAUCACGAGCCGAAUUCGGCCGUCCCAGCUACAUCUUUUGUGGGCGGCUUUCCCGAAUGGCUCACGCCCAUGACAUACGCGGACACGGUCAGCAGUACUGCCGAUGUUGCAAACGCCUCCUUGCCGCUAGCCAUGGCGACACGGGCGUCCGACCGGCUGCCCCUGACGCCAGGCUAUUGCGGCGGCGAUGGCGGCGGCCCAUUCGACGGUUUGCAUUUCGACAGCGAUUUGAUGGCGGGUCUGUCGCCAUUGCCGGACGCCUCUGUUGCUGGUACGGAGGGGAGCAGCAGCCGGCCUGUUGUGUCGUUCGUGGAGUCGUCUGCCGCGGCCAGUACGGCGGACCUGCUGGCGCUACUGGGCGCCCUGUCAGGGAGCGCCCUUGCACGGGUCGGCGCAGCGGUUGCGGCGGCCGCUGCUGCUGCCACUCCUGCGUCCGCCGACGCCCGCGAUAACGAUGCCGCCGGCGGCAGCCCGCAGCCUUCAGGCCUUCGGCAGAGGCAUGCGCUCGAACCACAUCUGCUGCAUGGGAGCAGCGGCGGCGGCGACGCCAGCGCACUACCGCCGCCUGUACUGCAUGCGCCGGCCACCGCGGCACACACGGCACGCGGCGGCGCCAGCUGCUGUGGCGGCGGCGUUGCGCGGCAGUGCUCAUCACGGCUCGUGAGUGAUGCCCAAGCACAGGCUGUUGCUGCGGGCGGCUUCAUGGCCUGGGCGAGCAGCUUCAGAGCGGAGGCAGACGCAGCAGCACGGGACUUGGAGGCAGCACAUGCCUCCUCGCACCAACACCCCCCGCCGCACCUGUCACCUCAUGCCAAAAGGGCUCGAGGCGACGCCAACCGUGACGCCGCUGGACAUAUCCUUGCGCCGGCGUCCCAGCAGCUCCAGCAGCAGAGCGCAAAUGCGCAUUCGAACGCGGCGGCUGCCAUAAACAAUACUGGAGACCCCCAGUGCUUGCAAGCUACCGGCUACAACAACGGUGGAAACGGAUCAGGCUUCCAGCCUCAUAUGUUGACUACUCACGUUUGCCACAGCCGGCAGCAGCAGCAGCAACAGCAGCCGGCGGCGGCUGCUGCGCCGGCGGAGGCGCCGCAGCGGGCUCCCCACCUUAACCUGAUGCUGGCGCCGCCGCAGUCACAGCCGCAGCAUAGCGCAGGCGCCGCAGGGAACGGCGCCGGCGGCGGCAGCAUGGGUUUCGCAUGUCACGGCAGCGGCGCCGGCGGCGGCAGUCCCUGCCGCGGCAGCCCCAGGUCCCCCACACAGCCCUGCCGGCCUACCUGGCCGCUGCACGCCUCCGCCCCGCCGCCGCCUGCUGCUGGUGCUGGUGCGCAUGGCGGCAAGCCGCCGUCGUUUGGGCGGGCCUCCAUCGCAGCAGGCUCCCUGCUGCAACUGUGCGGCAGCCAGCAGCAGCAGCAGUGUCGGCCGGUCAGCAGCCUUGUGGGUGUGCCUGCUGUCGCUGACUCCACUGCUGCUGUUGGUGCGCACAUGGCGGCAGCAGCGGUGGCUGGCGGACUCCUGUACGCAAGCAGCAACACCAACGGCGGCCAUGCAGCCGCUGCUGCCGGCGGUGCCCGCCGGCGGAGCAGCGACGGCGGCGCCAGUCGUUGCGUGGCAGCAACAGGUGGCGGCGACAGCGGCAGUGGCCUGCUGCUGCCAUCGCCUGCUGUUGCACACGGCGCCGGCAAUAAUGACAUGCCGCAUGAACUCCCAGCAGCCUACCCCGCGGACAGCAGGAGGGGCAACGGCGGCGCGCUCAGCGGAACGGGCUUGCCCAUGUUGGCGGCGGCAACCGCGGCAGCCGCUCCCAGCAGUAGCUUUAAUCCUCCUGCUGAGCUGAUGUCACCGCCGCUUCCAUCUCCGCCGACAGAUGCUGCUGCCUACACGCGCUCGCCAUUCGACCGCCGCGCCUCUUACGGCGCCAUGAGCACUGGCGCACGCCCUGCCAGCGGGGGUGGCAGCAGCAGCUUGUCCGCUGCUGCCGCUGCAGCUGCAGGGCUUCGCUUCGGAAAGCGCGGCUACGACCUCCUCACAAUGAGCGGCGGGGGGCCUGCGAGCGCACCUGCCGGCCCGCCGGCGCCGCCGCCGCCGCAGGCGGCGGCUGCCAUCAUGCCUGGCAUGCGCGCUGCUGCUGCUGCAGGCGUGUCUGUGGGCUCUUGCCGCUCAGGGCCGCCGUCGGCGUCAGUUGCGACGUCGGCUGCGCCAGCGGCAGCGGCAGCGAGCGGGGGGCUUUUGCAACAUCUGAUGCGGCAGCUGCGCAGCACGGCUCGUGAUCUUCACGAAAGCCAAGAGGAGUAUGAGCAGCGGCAGCAGCUCAGCUCCGCGGCGCUGAUGCUGAUGGAAGAGGGGGAGCGCCGCCGCCAGCAGCGCCGCCGCCAGCAGCCGCCGGCGCCGCCACCACAGGAUUACCGGCAGUGUCAGCAGCCCCAACUGCAUCAUGCCCCGCCGCAGCCGCGGCCGGCAGCGAGCCCCAUUAUCCACGACCACAGCUCCAGGCCUGCGCGCCAAACUCACCUCUUGCCGCAGCCGCAGCAGCCACAGCAGCGGUCACAGCGGCACACACAGCAGCACACGCAGCACAUAUGGCAGCAGUCAUGUGUUGCGGACCAGCACCUGCAGCAGCAACUGCACCAGCCCUCACCGCAGCAGCAGAAAGUGCAGGCGCACCAACGCGCAGGUACCCCACUACUGCCGACGCUGCUCGCUUGCGUCUCCUCCGACAGCGGCUCCCGUGCCAGCUCUUCGCCGUUUGAACUUUCGGCCUUUCGCCUUCGCCACCAGCAACCGGGCGUGGCCGGCGGCAGCGGUGGCCACUUGAGCGACAACGUCAGUGGCGGACGUGUAAGCGGUAUUGCUGGGGUAGGGAAUGCUCUGGACUUGCUCGCGAACCUGGCCACAGUGAAGCUGGAGGUGCUGCAGCAGCAGGAGUGCCAAGGACAGGCAGUGGGUCCCGUGUUGGACGCACCGCCGGCACUACUGCAGCAGCAACGCCGGCAGCGGUCGCCACGGCCACCGCCGCACUCAGCGCCGCCGCGACAGCUAUCGCAACCGCAUCAUCAACCGCCGGCAGCGGCACCAUGGUCCGACAGCUCCCCAGUGGUGGCUCGGCUGGCUGCACUAGUGGAGGAAGCGGAGGCCAUGGCAUCGCUGCAGCAAAGCGAGCCGCCGCCUCAGCCGCAUCGGUACGAGCUGCAGGGGCAACAGCUCGAGCACAGGGCGUUGCAGCGGCUUCGGGUGCCGCGGCGGCAGUGGUCCUUCCCCCUGGCCGCCCAAGGCCCCGCGCCGCCGCCUCCAGGCAGCAAGGACGUAGUGGCAGCCACCUCCGCAAACACAAUCUACCCCAGCACGCCACUGCCCGAUGAGGCCAGCAGCGAAGACAGCUACCCGUCGGAAUGGUCUGCGGGGCCGCUGCCGCCGCACGCCGUCGUGGAGCGGCGGGAGGCGCCGCGCGAUGAGGUCCUGAGUUCUAUGGAGCAGCUGCGUCGGUCGCGUGAGCGGCGCAAGGCCCAGCUUGCCGAGGCCAACACUGCGGCGAAGCAGCGCCACGCCGCCGGGUCCGACUUCGUCCGCGCGGCUGCUGUGGCGGCGCUGAUUGAUCCGGUUGGCUCGUACACGAAUGGCACCGCGCGGGUGGCGGCGGCGACCGCCGCCGCUGCGGCGGCGCGUGCCGCCGAGCCCUAUGGCAGUGUCACACGCUACGCGGCGGCGUCAGGCGGCGCGGGCGCUGCUACUGCUGCUGCCGCUGCUGCUGCUGCUUGCCGUGCCGGCAAUGCAGGCGACGGCGGCGGCAUGCGGGAGCCGCCCAUGCCUCCAUCGCUACAGCCUGUGCUACAGGCCCUGUCUCGGCUGCUGCCCGCGGGUGGCGAUGAGGGGGAGGCCGCCGUGGGCCUCGGGGCCAGCGCUACUGCUGGGGCGGUGGAGCCGUGGGGCGCACCCCGUACACGCACGACCCCUGGGUAUGCGCAGCAGCCGUGUGCUCAUCCUGGGAGUGCGGCGGAUGCGGCGGCGGCGGACGAGCUGGGAUGGCGGGCGCACGCCGGAGUGGAGAAGGACCCUCUGAUCGGGCCGCCGCCUAACAAGCGCGCGAGGGGCGGCCAGGAGUGUCCUACCACCAGCACCGCCACGUGCUGCUCUGCACCCACGCCGACCGCGCGCUCCUCCACCAGCUGCAUGCCCCACUCUUCCGCCGCCGCCGCCACUACCGCCGCCACCGCCGCCACCGCUACCGCCGCCGCCGCCGCUGCCGCCACCGCCGCCACUGCUGCCAGCGUCGCCUCUUCUCCCUGUUGGCGCCGUGCCGCCGCCGCCCCCACUCCCUCCUCCUCCCUUCCCGUGGCCUCCGAUCGGCCAGUCCGCCUGGCACUAUGCUGGCAUGGACGAGUCCGCCCCCGGCCCUCCUCCCUCUCCGCCUCCCCGCCGGCCAGCGACAUGCCCCGCUGUUAGCAGCAGCCCGUGGGUCAGUCCGGCCGCAGCCUCCAGCAACAGCCAGCACGACAGCACAGGCGCAAUUGGAGCUCUGGGCCUUAGUGGCGGCGGUACCGAGCGGUCCGGUGGCUGUAGUGCAUGGGAGUCGGGCGCGGGACCGCUAGGCGGUGUGCCGGUCGCCAAGCCGGUGUUCCUGACGCCGCGGCUGCCAGGAGAAGUCUGGCAACAUUGGUGCUGGUGUUGUGUUAAAAAGCACAAGGAAAACAUUGCGCAAAGACAGUGUUUGCGAUGCGAUGGUGUUGUGUGUGUGGGGGGGGGGGGCUCGGCUCGGGGUAGCUCUGCCAGGGACGCGGCUCCUUUGAGCGGCCUGUCAGGUCAGCGGGUUGGACGUGCCUUCCGUUCGGUGUCUAGUCCCGGUUUCGUGUCUUGGGUGUGCCAUGUGCGUCGGCCAGCCGGGGUCUGGGCUGUUGGUCGCGAUGGGUUGCUGUCGCGGUCGCUUCGAUGGCUGGCCUUGCGGCCGGCGGGAUGCGUGUGCCUGUGUGCGACGGCGCGGGUGCGGGCGUCAGCAUUUGGGCCUGCGUGCCUGCGAGCGUGCAU